UACGAAUGCUGAAGUUUAGUGAAAUUGUUUUGUAUUUAAAAAACUGGAUCCACGCGCGAGACACCACACGCGAAGCUGGCCGAUUCUUCCAAAUUCGAAAUUCAUUCCUAAAAAAGUACAAAAAUUACUAGUGACGAUUGCUGAGAUGGAUGAAGGAACUUUGACCGAGUUUGAGGAGAGUGUGUGCUUCGAUAUGGACGAUCCAGAUUUUGCUCCUUUGGAUCACAGAGCUUCCGCAAAAACUGCACUUCACGGGAUCAAUUUCCGGGAUGUGGGUUUUACCGUUAAGAAAUUUGCCAACUGUCACGGAAACAUGUCAGUCACGUCUGUACAAUCUGCUAAUGAAAGCCUCUCUCGCCAUGGGAGCAAUGUAUCUCUUUCCUGUCACAGCUUGUGCGGAAGUGUUGAUGAAAGUAGUUUGCAGGAAUCACAUCCUCAGUACCAAGAUACUAUCCUCACCAUCGAAGAGCUUCGAACCCAAUUGAAUUCUUGCUUCACGUGUGGUGUCUCAUGGAGCGAGGAACAUGUCUCUCUUGAUUGCAGCGAAUGUGGCGGCUAUUCUCUUCAAAGACCGUGUCCACUAUGCGAUGGACGUUGCCAUACAGCAUGGAAACGUGACCUUACCAUGUCUCAUGCAAGUGGAAAAGCAAGGUGGAUCGGCGAAUGUGGCCUGAGCUGUGGUCCCUCCCUCGAGGAGUCCCUCGUUCCUGCUCUGGAAAAGCUUCGAGCCACUUCGUGAACUCGCCAGAAUUCAAGCGAAACCACAACCGUGCACAAGACUUAACCAUCACCAUCCAUUUAGUGUAUCACUCAUCCACUGCCGUGCGAAUCGGGACGACUGAAUGAAUGCAGAUUCCUGAAAGUAAGAGAGAAAGUGUGUAAAUGAGAGUGAAAUGAAACGAGGAAUUCUCAGGAGAAGCUCAGAAGUUCAGGAUCGUAAUUGGUCAUCCUUCAGAGAAGCUCCCAGCACUCCAGGUUCUGACUAAACCGGAGCUGAACCAGCCAGAUAGGUCAUAAUCGAAGAGAAGAGGAAGAGCUAUGCGAGUUCCUUUUCACCGCAACACUUCGUAGAAUUAUAGGAACAUCAAUAUGGAUUCGUCCAGACAAAUUAGAUACACGUACUACUCAAAAAUUACAACGAUACUUUCAUGUUAAAAGAAUCUCUCUCGAAAUUCACAUUGAAUUAAAUUGAAUUCUUCUAACUCCCUGAAUACCUGGAAUUUUCCUCAUUACAUGCAUCAUUGUGAAGCCCUUUGAUGCCUCCAACUUCUUAGAAUUCUUGGACUUCAAAAUAAUGUAUAGAAUUGCAGAUGGAUCAAAUUCAAUCGAUUAUAAUGAAAAAAGUGAGCUUGCAACAAAGGCGAUGCUAUAAUUAAAUGUCAAUGUUUUCUUGAUGUGAACAGAAAAACGAAUCUCUGUAGACAACGCGUUGAAUAUUUAAGAUGGGAUAUUGAGGAACCCACAUGGCUUGGAAACUUCUGUUAGCGAAAACAGGAGACUUACUUAUCACCUCUUUAUCGAAAUUAGCCCAUUUAUAAAUGUCGCUCUAACAAUAUAAUAUUACGAGAAAUUAAAAGUGUAAAACUCUACAAUUGUAAAAUGUGGAAUGUAUUCAAGUUAGAAAUGAAUUAUGAUUUUCCGUGCAUGGCGAUAAGUAUUAUUCUCCUGAUUCGAAAUCAAUUCCGCGCAAACUUUAGACUUCCUAUUCUGGAAAGUGAAACAUUUGAAAAAACGUAAAGACUGCCUUUAACUUUGUUUUGUUUUACUGAUGCUUCCUUUAGUAGCGUACGCUCUUGUUCUAGCAAGACGUGACCCUGACGAAUGAUCUCUCUUGAAAAUAUUUCUCGAAAAAUCGUCAACUUUAUGAGGAUUGCUUGAUUUUAGGUGAAUUAAGUGCAGAUUGAGGUUCGCCAGGGUCUACUCGUGCAACUUUAUUAGCGUCGUCGCACUUCGAAUUGUUCCAUUUCCGUUUUAAAUGUAAAUUUCGAUUUCAGCUACAUAUUGUCAUUGUCAAAAUGGAGUGUUUCUUUUAUAAAAUAAUAAUUGUAUCAUCUAGAGAUCAUUCUACACAUGUAAAUUGUAAAGUGUAUAUUUGUUUCGGAAUUUUCGUGACAUUAACUUGACGGUAUUGGAUAUUGUAUGUAAAAAAAUUGAAGAAAGACGUUGUAAAAUUGGAAAUGUUGCGACCCUCAUACGACUAAAUUAGCGCGUAGGAAAAUCGCGCUCGUACGCGAAAUAGUGUAAGUGCACGUGAUCAGCCAUUGAAGAUUUUUUCGCAGCGAUUGGAAAAUCUUAAGCUCGAAAUAUCUCGCAUUGUCCGAAGAAUGUGUCUGUAUGUUAAACGAAUAAUAGACUAAUUAAUGAAAAUGAUAGGGUAAGCGAGGGAGAAGAAAUCCAAAAGGAUUUUUCUAGGUCGCAGGACGUAUCUCUCCUCGCCUCUAUUUCUGUCAUUACAUAUCUUUUACAUCGCAAUAGGGAAUUGAUUUUCUAAAGUGCAUUUAUGCUCUGUAAUUAAAUCGCUCAAAUUGUCCACGCCUUAAUGUUUUCAGCAAUAAAAAUAUGAUUAACGAAAAAUUGAACAAUAAAAGGAGAAAAAUAGAACUUUUUAUUGUGUUCUUAUUGAACUGGAAGAAUAGAUUGAAGAAAGGAUAUGAAAUUUUCUGAGAAUACGUCUUGCACAACCGAUGAAUUAGAAUUGAAAAUAAUGAAAAACUGUAUUCUGCAGCGAUGCAUAGUGUAAAUUUUAUCUCAUUGGAGAAAGCAUUUACGCCUGUAGCAAAAUAAUGAUAAUGACUGCUUUUAAUUUCGUAUCGAAAUAUAAUUGAUGACUUUUCAUGCACAAUGUCCUAUGAGACUAGACAAAGAAUUCUCCUCAUCGCUAUACCUUGUUCCGUGUGUGAGAUCAUAUUUUGCAAUCAUAGUAAUUCAUCAUCAUUGUUAACUAUUGAAGAAAAAAACAGUUAAUUUCAAGUUUUCUAAAGUAUUAUGGUAUUGUACUUGAAUCAAAUUCUAUUAUAAUGCUUUGGAAAAUCUCGCUCGUGUAAUUUUUAUUUAAUAUACGAAAUUAUUAUUUAUGACCAUAACGUUGAAAGAUACGGACUUAAUAAACGAUAUUUGUCAAUAGUA